AAAUGAAAGAAUGAAAGGAAUGAAGAGCUUUUCUGGGCAAGAUGGUGGCAGGCAAAGUUGCAAUGGCUAUGGGGCAGCCGCAUCUUUCUCGCCAGGGUCUGGCCAACUUGGAUGUUACCAAGUUGACUCCUCUCUCUCACAAAGUUAUCAGCAGACAAGCCACAAUUAACAUAGGUACAAUUGGUCAUGUUGCUCAUGGAAAAUCUACAGUUGUAAAAGCUAUUUCUGGAGUUCACACUGUCAGGUUCAAAAAUGAACUGGAAAGAAAUACUACAAUCAAGCUUGGAUAUGUGAAUGCCAAGAUUUAUAAACUUAAUGAUGCAAGUUCUCCUCGGCCAGAAUGCUACAGAUCCUGUGGAAGCAGUACACCUGAUGAAUUUCCUUCAGACAUUCCAGGGACCAGAGGGAACUUUAGACUUGUCAGACAUGUUUCCUUUGUUGACUGUCCUGGCCAUGAUAUUUUGAUGGCUAUGAUGCUGAAUGGUGCAACAGUGAUGGAUGCAGCUCUUUGGUUGAUAGCUGGUAAUGAAUCUUGUCCUCAACCUCAGACUUCUGAACACCUGGCUGCCAUAGAAAUUAUGAAGCUGAAACAUAUUUUGAUUCUACAGAAUAAAAUUGAUUUGGUAAAAGAAAGUCAGGCUAAAGAACAGUAUGAACAGAUCCUUGCAUUUGUACAAGGUACAGUAGAAGAAGCAGCUCCCAUUAUUCCAAUUUCUGUACAGCUGAAAUAUAAUAUUGAAGUUGUCUGUGAGUAUAUUGCAAAGAAAAUUCCAGUACCUCUAAGAGACUUUACGUCAGAACCCCAACUUAUUGUUAUUAGGUACUUUGCUGUCAACAAACCUGGCUGUGAGGUUGAUGACCUUAAAGGUGGUAGGGCUGGUGGUAGUAUUUUAAAAGGUUUAAAGGUGGGCCAGGAGAUAGAAGUCAGACCUGAUAUUGUUUCCAAAGAUAGUGAAGGAAAACUCAUGUGUAAACCAAUCUUUUCCAAAAUUGUAUCACUUUUUGCAGAACAUAAUGAUCUUCAGUAUGCUGCUCCACGGGGUCUUAUUGGAGUUGGAACAAAAAGUGACCCCACUUUGUGCCGGGCUGAUAGGAUGGUGGGGCAGGUACUUGGUGCAGUUGGAGCUUUACCAGAGAUCUUCACAGAAUUGGAAAUUUCCUAUUUCCUACUUAGACGGCUCCUUGGUGUACGGACAGAGGAAGACAAAAAAGCAGCAAAGGUGCAAAAGCUGUCUAAGAAUGAAGUGCUUAUGGUGAACACAGGAUCCUUGUCAACAGAAGGAAGAGUGAGUGCAGUUAAGGCUGACUUGGGUAAAACGGUUCUCACUAAUCCUGAAUGCACGGAAGUAGGAGAAAAAAUUGCCCUCAGCCAAAGAGUUGAGAAACACUGGUGUUUAAUUGGUUGGGGUCAGAUAAGAAGAGGAGUAACCAUCAAGGCAACAGUAGCUGAUGACUGAAGAAUACCAGUUAGUAACACAUUUGGAUAAAGUCCACAUUUCUCUUAAUAAAGUGAGGGUGUAAUAUUUCAUAGCUCAUUGUCUUAACAGAAACUACAAGGUUAUUCUCAUUUUUUGGUGAUGAAAAUUUUACCUCUAUUACUAAAAUAAAUAAUGGGGUCUACAAUAACUGUCAAAAUCAGCAUAUUGAUGGAUUUAAACCACAUUUUAGCAGAAACUGAUCAUUGCUAAACAGUGUCAAAUUUGUGCAUCAGUUCAGGUUUGAAAUGAAAGUGCUGUUACAACCACCUUUGCUGUAGUACACCUAGCACUGAACCUGUUUGAAAUAAAAUUUUUCUUCUUAAAAAAAAA